AUGACCCGGCACGACGAAGAACCCCAGCUCACCAGCAAGUGGCCUCAGGCAUUUGACUUAGCUGGCUCCAGCUUGCCAUGCCGCAUCGAGGGGGAAGUUGGCGACGUCGUCGUUCUUGGAGAGAUCCCUGCAACCAUUGAUGGCACGUUCUACCGUGUCAUGUGCGAUCCCUUAGUCCCUCCUCACCCGGACAAUGUACCCAUUGAUGGUGAUGGCAACGUCUCAGCGUUUCGAAUCCGCAAUGGACGGGUCGACAUGAAGAUUCGGUACAUCGAGACAGAACGCUACAAGCUUGAACGAAGGGCCAACAAAGCGUUAUUUGGUCUCUACCGAAAUCCUUUCACGCACCACCCCUGCGUUCGGGCCGCUGUUGACUCGACUGCAAACACGAAUCUUGUCUUCUGGGCUGAAAAAUUGCUCGCUCUCAAAGAAGUCGCUCUGCCUUACGCUCUCGAUCCUGACACACUCGAGACAUUGUCCUACGAUCCCUUCGGAGACCAAGUCAAGGCCAAAACCUUCACCGCUCACCCCAAGGUUGAUCCAUUCACUAACGAACUUGUUGUUUUUGGCUAUGAGGCCAAAGGGCUGGCAACAAAGGAUGUUGUCAUCUAUGCCCUCGACAAGGAGGGUAAGAAGCACGACGAACAAUGGAUUGAGGCACCGUGGUGCGCCUUCAUCCACGACUGCGCCAUCACACCUCAAUGGAUCAUCCUCUUCCUUUGGCCCUUCGAAGCCGACCUCGAUCGAAUGAAGGCGGGCAAGCAGCAUUGGGCCUGGGACUAUAAUCUGCCAGCCACUUUCGUCGUCGUCCCCCGACGCAAGACAACCCCGUUGCCCGCCGGCUGGAAACAGGGUGAACAUAGGGUUUACUCUUGGAGGAACUGCAUGCCCAUCCAUACUGGUGGAGCUUUCGAGUCCAAGGACGGUAAACUCUACGUAGACUCGUCGCGUGUCCACGACAAUGCGUUCCCCUUUUUCCCUCCCGGUGAUGGGAGAAUGCCAGCACCCGACGCCAAGGCCGACUUUGUGCGCUGGGAGAUUGACCUCAGUCAGCCCAGCGGCUCUACUAUACCGGAUCCCUUCGUCGUUCUAGACGUGCCUUCUGAGUUCCCGCGAAUGGACGAACGUUUCAUGACGUCCGACUACGAAUAUAUCUUCCUCAACGUCUUCGUGCCCAACAGGUCAGACGGCGGCAGAAACAUCUUUCACGGCCUCAAUGGCCUGGCCAUGCACAGCCACAAGACAGGCAAAACCCGCUGGUUUUAUUCCGGUGAUGACUCACUCGUGCAGGAGCCCGUCUUUGUUCCGCGGAGCUCGGAUGCGUCUGAGGGCGACGGCUGGGUCAUUGCCAUGGUUGAGCGUCGUGGUGCGAACCGCAAUGACCUGGUUGUUCUGGACACGAAAGAGUUCGAGAAACCGGUGGCCAUUGUUCAGCUUCCACUGCACGUCAAGGCACAGAUCCAUGGGAACUGGGUGGCUGCGUCGGUGUUACCAAAGUGGGUGAGCCUCGUUCGAGAUGUCCCUGAGGUUCAAGUCAGUCAACGCGGAGCUUUGGAACAGCUGGUCUGA